UACAAAUCGUCCGUCUAGUUGUCUCUAAACUUGGGUUUAUGAUGGCGAGAUGGGAUGAGAAUCUGUCCCUUCCUUUACAGAAUCCUCCAACCUUGGAGUUUUCUUCUGCUGACCUUGUGUGGUCAAAGGUGGAAGGUUGGCGUGACAAAACUAAUAGAGUUGUUCUAAUCCCCUUUGCUAGAGUAGAGGAUUUUGUACGGGGUGAAUCAGCAAAUAAAGACUGUCCAACGAGAUUUCAUGUUGAAGCAAGGCGGAGUUGGCCUCCAGAGAUGGCUUACAAGCCAAAAGUUGAUGGAAUUCUUGAAUACAUUCUGUAUUGGUGUUCUUUUGGUCCUGAUGACUACAGGAAGGGUGCAUUGUAUGACCCAGUAGGGCUACUUAUGUCCCUUUUCUCAAAAAAAAAAAAAGGGCUACUUAUGUCCCAAAGAAGAAAAAUGCUGGCCGGCCAAAUACUAAGAGGGGGUGCACCCGCCACUUUAUCGUGAAACGCUUAAUUGCUGAACCAUCAGUACCGCUCAUCAUAUAUGAUGACGAUAAGCAUGUAGAUAUAUAAGAAGGGGUUGCCAUGCCAUGGUCCACAGGACAAGAAGGCUGCUGGAACGCUUGCUAUGUUUGCCCCAUAUAUCUAAGAGGGCCUCAGUUUGCGUGUCUUAUCUCUACUCUAUGUUGGGGUUUCUGUGGAGACCAUAAUGCAAAGACACAAUGAAUCAGUAGAGAGACAGGGUGGGCCUUGUAACCGUGAUGACCUUUUAACGCACCGGUAUGUUCGGAGACAGGAGAGGAGCAUCCGACGUUCUACAUAUGAACUGGAUGCAGAUGAUGCAGUCGGCAUCAGUAUGUGGGUUGAAGGCCACCAGGGUCAUGUUUUCUUUUAUGAAGAUUUCUCUGAUUCCGAACCUAUCACUUUUGGCAUUCAAACAGAGUGGCAGUUGCAACAAAUGAUUUGAUUUGGGAACCGCAGCCUUCUGGCUUCUGAUUCAAGGUUUGGAGCAAACAAAUUAAAGGUGCAUGGAUUGCAGCGCUAAAAUCUCUUCCACUUGCCAGCCAGGAGACAUGCGCAGCAAUGGAGUUUUACCACAACCAAUUAAAGCUCAGGCUGUUGAAUGAGAAGGACCCUGGUGUUUAUCAACGUGCCUAUUGGUUGGUUGAUAAGUUGGGUACAAAAGUGCAUUCUUACUUCUGGCUUGAUUAGUACUCAGGGAAGGAUGAUUUUUCACGAUAUUGGAGAGAUGAGUGGGUGAGUGGUUUAACAUCUUGGCGCAAAGCAUUAAAGAUUCCAGACUCUGAUGUUGUCAUAGAAGGUAGAUGUGCAAAAGUUGUUGACCAGCUUAAUCAAGAUAAAGCUUAUGUUGUCUGGAACCCUGGUUCGCAGUUUGGUAUUUGCAAUUGAUAUGGAUUGUGCUAAUCAAGAUAAAGAGUUGGUAAAUGAGAGUAACUUUAUGGAUGAGGAUGCAUCAUCUCGUAAUGACAAUUGUAAGUAUAGUGAUCACAUGGGUAAGGUG